AUGCUUGAUCUGUCCCAGAUACGACCAACAGUGGAAGACUCGGUCUUUGCUCUCAUUAAGCUGCUUGAUGAAAAGGCCAAUCAAGAGGCAUUCGAUAUUUUAAAUUACUACAAAGAGUUUGCAAUAGAUGUAAUUUAUCGAAUUGCGCUGGGUCAGCAGGGCUCAAAAAUGUUCCAGGAUGACAAAAUGACUCGCGUUGAUAAAAUUUUUCAACGAAGUUUUCGGCAACCUAUUUUCUAUCUGGCCAAUACAGUUCCGUGCCUUGGACCAAUGCUAAGGAAACUUCUACUGGCUACUUCAAAGCUCAGACAAAAAAUUUUACCUGUACCUGUCCUUUUUGAGCAAGUCUAUAGGACUAUCGAUGACAGAAUUGACGAAAGGGUAAUUUAUGAUGACUGGAUUACGCAAUAAGC